AUGAACGUGCAGCACAGACAGCGUUCCCUCCCAUCCCGACCCCUGCAGGCCUGCACCCCCUCCUUCCCUCUCUCCUCCUUUCUCCUCCCCAGCCACCAAUCCGCCUUCUCGUCUCGCUGCUUCGUCUCCUCCACCGCCUUGUCUCCGGCAGCCCUACCUCACAACACGUUUCUCGAGGAGCAACGCGAGCAAGGCCAGCAGGAGUGGAUCGAGGCUUCGCACGCUGGCUCCGUCAUUUGCUUCGCCACGUUUUGGAUUCACGCCGCCGUGUGUGAUGGUUCUAGAUCGGCGCAGGUCGUCGUCGCGGAAUAUCAGGGGCGGUGGGUUCUUCACAUCGAGGGUUGGCAAGCUGGGGAGGGUCAAGAGGCUGACAGAGCGUGUUUAGAGCAGCGAGGUCGGCUGUAG